UUAAAAAGGAGGUUCAAGUAUUUUGCGAUGCAUUUAUCAGUGUGUACAUAUUUGGAUUGUGAUUUUAGUCAGAAGAAGAGUAAGUUUAGACUAAACUAUGGACUUAUAAGACAUUAUGAAAAGUCCAUUAACACAAUGGUAUUAUAUAAUUUAUGUUUUUGAUAACAACAAGUUCUGCUGUUUAAAGGUGAAAACUAGGACAUUAUUCAAUAAAAACAAACUAUUUUGAUUACAAAAAAUAUAAGGAGCUGUUUAUAAGAUAUAAUAUAAUCGAGUAUCAAAAUCAUGGCAGUGUCAGAUCGGAAGGUUUCUGAUUUUCGUGGAUCGGUAUCUAAAGGUUCAACAGAGGAUUUUGACAAAAACUGUGAACCGUGCCUAGCUACUGGUCAGUAUAUGCAAGCCCAUGGAUUUUGUGUGGACUGUCAAGAAUAUGUGUGUAAAAAAUGCUUUGCUUAUCACCAACGGAUAAAAGCUACACAACAUCAUAAUCUUCUUGAUAUAGAUAACAUGGACAAACACACCAUUCAUAGUACAGAUUCGGCAGUGUGCAUAGAAAAAUGUCAUACUCACAAAAAUGAGAUCAUCAAGUUCUUCUGCACAAACCAUGAAUUUCUUGGAUGUAGUGAUUGUAUAACUCUGAAUCACAGCACAUGUAAAAUUGACUACAUACCUGAUAAAUGUGCAUGUAUUGGUGAUAGUGAUGAAUACCGGGAAACAAUGAUAGAACUGGAUCGAAAGAUGAAACAUAUGGAUGCUAUGCUCAAACAAGCAACACUACAAGCCAAGGAGGUAGAUUCCUCCUAUGACCAUAUCAUAAAAGAAAUUAUUAAGUUCCGCAAAGAGAUAAAUGAUCGCUUAGAUCAGUUACAAAAGCAAAUUCAGACAGAGGCUAAUAAGAAGAAGUUCACAGAUAAACAAAGAGUCCAAAAGGUGAUUGAAACAUGUACUGCAGCUUCUUCAGAUAUCAUGAAAUUCAAGUCAAGUUUGCAAGACAGCAAGACCUCACAAAAGAAUGGACAACUCUACAUCCUGAUCAAACAAGCAAAAUCCAAGCGAAAGUUGGAUGAUCUGAAGAAUGUUCAAGAAUCUUUAGGUAAGGCCAGCAUUCAAUACACAUUUGAAAGAAACAAAGAAUUAGAGAACAUUCUUACUAAUCAAGAUGUAUUAGGUAAGCUGAACUUAUCCACUACCCUGGUGAAGAAAGAGCAGUUGAACCCAUCUACUACUUUGGUGACUCCAAGAAAGAAGAAUGUAUUUGAUAAAUUAACUCACAUAGGAGAUAUAAAUGUAAAGACAAUGUCAGAUAAAAAUAAAUGUGGUAUCACAGGAUGUGCAGUAUUGUCUUCUGAUAGAGUGAUGUUGGCUGAUUACAACAACGAGAAACUGAAAGUAGUGGACACACAAUGCAAAGCUGUGAUACAAGAGAAGACACUUGACGCAGCCCCGUAUGACAUUGCUGUACUGCCUAAGGACCAAAUUGCAGUGACAUUGCAAAGUAAGAAAGAGAUCCUUAUAAUGACAACGACUGAUAAACUGUCAAUCAACCGAAGUAUUUCAGUGAAAAAAAACUGUAGUGGUAUAACUUACCAUCAAGGUCAACUCUAUGUGGUUUGCUGGGAUCCUGAUAGUGUCCAUUUAAUUGAUACCCAAGGUAAUGUCAAUAACAUAAUCAACCUAGACAAUGAGAUAUGUGGCAGCCCAAACUACAUACUGCUCAGUAAAGAUGCCAAAUACAUCUACAUCAGUAACACUUACAGCAACAGUGUUGUCAGUAUCACAUUACAGGGUGAUGUAUCAGAUGUAUACGAGAAUAAGGAUCUUAGUGGACCAGACGGAAUGAUGAUGUUGGAUGAUGGAUCAUUGCUGGUGUGCUUCAAUUAUGAAAGCACCAUUCAUCAUAUCUCAGGAGACUUGAAGCAAGGUCAGACAGCCUUAGAUGGAUUACAGCACCCACAGUCUAUAUGCUAUAAUCACCAUCAACAAGAAGUCUAUAUUGGUGGACACUGUGAUCAGCUUAAGAUUAUGAAAUAGCAUACACUGUGUAAAUGAAGAAUCCAAAGCAUGUGUUUGCAAUAAGAUAGGUGGUAUUGUAGUUACAACGCCUUUGCUCUAACCGUGACCUUUACCAUAGUGUCAAAAAACAACAACAACAAACAAACUUUUAACCUCUCAGCUCUAUCAAGCUACCUACAGACAAAGUUCUAUUACGAUAUAUAUCAUCCAUUGUUACUGAGUGGAUAUACAUUUUCUAUUUUUAGUAACAGUGAAUCAGUGCUUCGAAUAAACUUGUUAUACACCAAGCCUUUUAACAGUAUGUCAAUCCUAACUAAAUUAGUUUUUAUAAACUGGAAACCAGUAACUGUGAAGUUGACGCUAUGGCAUCUAAAUGGCCCUUUCCUUUACCAAUGCUCACCGAAACUUGCACAUUAAAAGAACAAAAGUAGAGUUUACUGACUGGGCACAUAUAAUUUAAAAGGCAAUAUGUCCCUUAAAACUCAUUCCAAUGGACAAAGAAGAAAAUAUGCGCUCAUCCUCUUGAAAGAGAAGCGUCUUAUGGAUUUGUGCUGAAUUCCAGGCAGAAGUUGCUGCGAAAUUUUUCUGACUAUGAUGGCGCUACAAUAUACUAACGUUGAAGAAUCAAAGGGCAAUAAAUCUGUUCAGUGAAAGAAAUCAAACAGAAACAGGAAGAUAAUAAUUUAUGCACAUCUGCCUUUGAUAGUAAAGCUUCCAAUGAAGUAUGGCUAAAUUCCAAUCAGUGGUUGCUCAUAAAUACUCCGGAUAAGAAUUGUACUAUAAUAUACUACUCUAGAAUAAUUAAAGGGCAAUUACUCGGUACAUUGUAUAAUAUCAUCCGUCCGCAACACAAAUAUAAAAUGUGCAUCUCCAUUUGAUGAUGAACCUUUCUAUGAAGUAUGGCUAAAUUCCAACCAGUGGUUGAUGAGAAAUACUCCGGACAACGAGCUUUGACAGGUAAUAAUAUGGAAACUUUAUAUACUGACAUUUAGCUAACAUAACACAAAAGCUGAUGAUCCUGAUGUUGAUUUAUGUUUUACGGCGCACCACAGUGUAGGCUACAUACAGAUACUGCAUUUCAGCAUUUAUUCGUUCUUCACGGAAAGCAAUGAUCGUGAGAGUUCCAUCCAGAAAAUUUUGAAUUGCUAAAAUACAAUGCAGAGUCAUAACCUAUCAGCUACCUUAAAUGUUGUACUUACAACCACUACCUUAAAAUGUUGUAAUUUCAUUUGAUGACAAUGACUUUUCGUGUUACAUUAUUUGCAGCAAAGUGCUCUUGAACAGUAAGAGAAAUGCUUCAAAAUGACUAAAGCAUAAGAAACACUUUCAAAAUGAUCCAAUGAAUUGAAGAAUAUAACCAGUCUAGCUACGUUGUUACACAAAUGUGAUACCAAUUUUUUUUUUUUUUUAAUUUCUCGUUGUUGGAUUAUAUAUCUUAUAUUUCAGUAUAUAAAUUUAGUGUAAACCAAUGUAUCAUCAUUGAGAACAAUAAAUAACUUUGGCUAAAAGAUCAAAACGUAAUAACGUUUCUUAUUGUCGUAAAAUUUCUUUAAUGAAAUUUAUGCAUGAAUUAUGCAUUAUUUUAUUUUCAUGCACUACUAAACUUUCUAUCAGGGCCUCACUACAACUUAUAAAAUAACU